GCCGGGGAUAGAGAAUUCGCGCCGAGUUAUCAGAAUUUCCGGAGCUUGAUCACUUCCGCAGCAUCUCUUGCUCUUACCGUGCUCUUCGUAAUCGUUGGCGCUUUAAUCGGUGGUGUAUUUGGAGCAUUAGCUGGUUGGGCUGCUAAAAGCGGCAUCCUUAGAGGAGCAGGACUGUGCACCAUUGCAGGGGCAGUACUCUCCUUAGAAGCUCUGGAGGCUUCUCAUGCCUAUUGGUGUCCGGACUGUUCUGGCUCACAACACAGAACAUCUUCUUUGUUGUUUUUCAGGCAGAUUUCAUUAAGGAGCUUCUCCAUCAUAGGUUUGUUGAUGAUCAGUUCCAGCAUCCUGUGCCAAGAACUAAUGGCCAUCAGGGGAGUAUUAGCCCAAGCAACGACGACUUCAACGAGGUGAUUGACUCCUACAGUGAAUUGCCAUUGAGGGGCUUGUCAGGGGAUUCACUUAACAAUCUUCCUUCUCAUGUCUUGACAAGUGAGGUGAAAACUGGAGAUAACAUCUGUUGCACAAUAUGUCUGCAGGAUAUUGGAGUAGGGGAAACUGCAAGGAACUUGCCACACUGCAAUCACAUGUUCCAUUUGAGCUGCGUCGACCAGUGGCUAGCGGGCCACGCUUCCUGUCCUGUGUGCCGAAGAAACGUUUAAGCUAGACUGCCUUGUUACAUUGGUUUAAUUUAAAGUGCGUAAAAUAUAUGUAUUGACUUGAAAAUAAUUACAAUUACAGUACCAAAAAUUAACAAGAGUAGAGACAAAUUAAC